GAUUGAACUGAAAAUAUCCAUAGUAUUUCAAUCAGAGCAUGAAUAAUUUGGCACUCAAGCGUGAUGUGUUUUCUAUAGAGCUAAGUUUAGUCACUGCGUGUCUGGAGACUUGGCUGACUAAAUGAAGCACUUCUAUAUUAGGUAUAACACACGUAUCUAGGAAACUGUAAUGCCCGAUCCAAAUUUUGAAGUAAAAGAUACACCUCUCAUCUCUGUACAGCUCUUCCUGUUCAGUAAUUCUGAGAUCGAUAUCGAUUAUCAGAAGAGCAGAAUGUCGAAAAUGGUGAAGCGAGGGUUAGGUGACUCUCCACCUCGUCCCCCUAAGAAGAAAAAAAAUUCUUCCCCCAGAACAACUGUUGAGCAGGUCGGGGAGGAGGGCGAGAGCCGGACCCCUGCUCCACAGAGAGUAAGUCCAAAUCCGGACAUUCGCUUGACCAGGUCCAUGACCCGGAAGGACAGAGAGCCUGACCAGCUGAAAGACCGCCAAGAGAGGAGCGAGGCGAUGGCAUGUGGCUCUGACCAAUAAACGGACCAAUCAUUUUAAACAGUUGUGUUUCAUUUUGCUAAACUAUCUCAGAAACAUAUACAGUACUACAUGCAAUAUUUAAUACCAUUAUAUUGUCAAUGUUUAAAAAAUGUAUAAGAUAGAAUGUUUUCCACCUUACCUAUGUAUUGGUAACCCGUGUAAAGAUAGUCUUGUUAGACUUGUGUCAUCUAAGGAUGAUGUUUUGAUAAGUAUUGCUACUUUUUCUUUAGAAGGGUAUAUUAUGCCAGUACAUCGUGCAAAAAUGGUUCCAUAGUUUUCAAGGCAAUAAUGUAUGACUAUUACUGGUUUCACCAGCAUCAAACAAAAUGUAAAAUUAUUCUGUAAUGUGGGCCAUGGCCUUGUAUACUGAAAUAAAACUGUCUGUCUGUCUGACAUGCAAUAUUCUGGGAUAAUA